UAACCGAUAGCCUGGGAGCAACAAUAAUAUCGCGAGCACGUGGAAAUAAAUAUAGCGCUGAAUAACAACACAAAACGCAAAUUGCGAGAAAUACAGAGCCAGGACAACCCAAAAUGGAGGCAGAGAACAUCAAGGCGGACGCAUUCGAGCCGGCGAAGAGGGCGGCCAAGCGCGGGGCCACCAGUGGCGACGUGGAGAUGCAGGUGGACGAGGCGACCGGAAUCGAGGGUCAGUCACUGGGAACCUCGCGAGGAUCAGCCCCUCCAAAGGCCAAACGGGCCCGUAGCGAGCUGCGCAAGGUGUCGGUGCCGCCGCACAGGUACUCUUCGCUGAAGGAGCACUGGAUGAAGAUCUUCACGCCCGUCGUGGAGCACAUGAAGCUGCAGAUCCGCUUCAACAUGAAGGCGCGCCAGGUGGAGUUGCGCGUGGGUCCGGAGACGCCGGAUAUAGCUAAUCUCCAGCGUGGCGCCGACUUUGUGCGCGCCUUUCUCUGCGGCUUCGAGGUGGACGAUGCUCUGGCGCUGCUCCGGCUGGAGGAUCUGUUCGUAGAGUCAUUCGAAAUUAAGGAUGUGAAGACGCUGCGCGGUGACCACCAGUCAAGGGCCAUUGGUCGGCUGGCCGGCAAGGGCGGACGCACCAAGUUCACCAUCGAGAACGUGACCAAGACCCGCAUCGUGCUGGCCGACAGCAAGAUCCACAUCCUCGGCAGCUACCAGAACAUCCAGCUGGCUCGCCGGGCGGUCUGCAAUCUGAUCCUGGGAUCGCCGCCCAGCAAGGUGUACGGCAAUUUGCGGGCCGUCGCCUCGCGCCUCUCGGAGCGCAUGUGAUUGAGUAGCUUU